AUGGGUAAUCUGGACAUCAUCAGAAAGAAAGGGAAGUUGAGUCCCUCCGAUGUGAUCUUUCUGGGGAAGGGAAUUGUGAAUAUUCUCCUCCAGUGCGUGAUGAAUCUAGAGGGAAUGUUCUUUGUCUUGUGUCCUACAGUCUUGUUUAUUAGACAAUUUUAUAUGUUUAUGAGCACAUCAGGAUACUUCUUAGUCUAUUACAACUUCUGGUUGACCUUCUGGCUCUCGGCUCAUUACUGUACCAGCAUCACCAAUCUCAGCUAUGGGUUCUUCAUCUGGAUAAAGAGAAUUGUGUCCAAUUUUCUGAGUCACCUUCUAUUCCUGACAGCACUUGGGGUGUUCAUUGUGAGUUUCCCGUCCAGCUGGAAUGUGGUUGCAGAAAGUUCUAUCCAGUCUUCUGAGAACAGCACAAGAACUUCUGUUGCCAGAAUCAGUAUCGAUUUUUCAUAUUUUCUGUCUGUGACCUUCCUAGGAUGCAUUUUUCCAUUCUUCCUUAGUCUUCUGUGUCUGGUCCUCACUUCCUCCUUUCUGCUCAGACACGUCUGGAGGGUGAAGAAUAACGACUCGGGAUCAACACGUCCAAAUCUUCAGGCUCAUGUCACUGCACUGAGGACAAUCUUCUUCUUACUUCUCAUGUUCAUUUUCCACUGCAUGACUCAAGUGAUUGCUUUUACAAAUUCCUUACUGAUAAUAGUCUAUUGGAAUUUACAAUUAUUAUCUCCAUCGGUGGAGGCCGCCGUCAUCUUCCAGGCCAGCAACAAGCUGAGAAGGAUCAUUCUGAAAAGAUUCUGUACCAAAAGCUGGAGGAACACAGAGACAUAA